CAACACUGCCAGUGUACGUAGAAUCGAUCGCGAUCGUCUUGACAUUACCGCAGAAAAAUGAGUUCCGAUCGGGAACGGAUAAAUAAAACAAUUCGCGUUGGAUCGCGUAAAAGUGAGCUGGCUCUCACGCAAACCAAGCACGUCAUUGCCCUGCUGCAGAAGCUGAAUCCGGAUACGGUGUAUGAAAUUCAUACAAUGACAACGGUGGGUGAUCGGGUGCUGAAUAAAUCCCUCCCGAAGAUUGGUGAAAAAUCGCUCUUCACCAAGGAUCUGGAGGAUGCGUUGCGUACUGGUGGUGUCGAUUUCGUCGUCCACUCGCUUAAGGAUCUACCAACGGCACUUCCGCUCGGUAUGGCCAUUGGGGCCGUGCUGGAACGAGAAGAUCCCCGGGAUGCGCUCGUUCUAAACGAACGCCAUCGAGGCUGCACGUUGGCCACACUACCCCGAGGCUCGAUCGUCGGUACGUCAUCCUUGAGGCGAUCGGCACAGCUGGCUCGCUUUUACUCCCACCUGACGGUGUGUGACAUCCGGGGGAACCUAAACACGCGCCUCGCAAAGUUGGACGCAGAGACGUCCAAAUUUGCGGGUAUUAUCCUCGCGCAGGCUGGUCUCGUGCGAAUGGGCUGGAACAAACGGAUCGAUCAGAUCAUCGAACCUCAGGAAAUUCUGUACGCCGUCGGGCAGGGGGCACUGGCCGUCGAGUGCCGCUCGAACGAUGAGUACAUACUGGCUAUGUUGGGCAAGCUGUGCCAUCUGGAGACGCAGUGUCGGAUAUUGACUGAAAGGAGCUUUCUGAAGACGCUUGGCGGAGGUUGUAGCGCACCGGUGGCCGUGCGAACCGAACUGAAACGGUGUUUAUCGCGAAAUCCCGAUAAGGCAGAUGGUGGAGGUCGAAAACGGGCGUCUCAGGACGAUGAGGAUGACGAAUCAUUCCAGCUGGUCGUGGAAGGUGCCGUGUGGAGCUUGGACGGGAAAACGGAAAUUCGUACGAAAGGCGAGAGUACGCUCGAUCUGGCCGACAGCCGACCGGGGAGCGUUAGGAAAAAUAUCAUUCUUGCCGACGAGGACGAUGAUGCGGUGCUUCCGGUGAAGAAGGCGAAAUCGGAAACGGGUGAUGGUCCCGACUCCCCACCCGAAACCGCGCGCGGUUGCCCGAUCGAGCAUCACCAGCGGAAGAAAAGCCCGGAAAUCAUUCGCGAUACCACCGAUUUGUUGCUGCCCGGAUGCUCGAAGGAUGGCGGUGCUCGGAUGGAUCUGACCAAGUUCAUCGACAUUCACGGGGAGCUGUUCAAGAAGUGCCCGUACUCGUCCGAACUAACGAAAAUGGUGACGGAGGCGAAGACAUCGGAUGCGAAUGGAAACGAACUUGCAAACAAUGGGAACGGGGGCGUAAUAGGGAACGCGGAAAAGCCCACGAAACCACCCACCGAUACAGUCCAACCAGAACUGUGCCCCAGCGUCCGGUUCCCCGUCGGACAGGAGGUGAUGGGUGACUGUCCGUUCCUGAGCACGGAAGAAAAGGUUGACCUGGGUGGGAGCAUCGCUGUCGCCCUUGUGUGUCCUGUGACCGGCAAUAAGCAAGAGCCGGGCAAAAAUGACACACAAAAUGGUGCCGGAGAGCGAAAAGUGGAAAAGCAACACGACGUACCGCUUGCGGAAAAGUGCCCGUUCCUGGCGUCGGCCAAGGUGCUCGAUUACAACGAAAAUCUCGACAGCCGGCUGAUUGUUGAACCGACGCUGAAGGACGACAGCGAGCAGCUGUUCUGCGGGAUGCACCGUCAUUCACACAUCGAGCGGGAAGUGUUCGAGCGCUGCGAAAAGCUAGGAUACGAUCUUGCCCAUGACCUUAUCACGAAAGGUGCGCUGGCUGUGAUGAAGUGCGCCCAGAACGAGAUACAUUCGAAAAUUGCCUAACGCCACUGCCGCGGAUAGUGUUAUCCAGCGUUUCCUCGACGACAAACGUGAACGCCUGAACGGAAA